UGCGCUGACCUACUUCCGGUGUUAUGGUGAAUAGUCGUUCUGGACCACAAAAGACCAUCAUUCUUUCUUUCUUGGAACAGAUUCAGGUUUCAUCUUGGAAAGCAGUAAAGAUGUUGGAGCGGCUCCCAUUUCUUCUGGAAAAUGGCAGCAUUAAAUAGGAAUGGUUUACAGAUGAAGCUUUCCAGUAUCAGCAAUGAGACAGCUAUGGGAGACGAAGGGCAGUUGCUUAUGGACAGGAUUGAAGGGAGUGAAAAGGAACUGCCACCAACUGUAGGGGCAGAUACGGAAGUGGUGGCAGAAAAAGGGAGGCAAAAAGAACUGUUUUGUCAUUAUUGUAACAAAGUAUUCUACAAGCAGAAGAAUCUUAAAGUUCACUUGUGUAUUCACACAGGGGAGAAGAAGCUACAGUGCAACACGUGCGGCAAGUGUUUUAUUCAGAGUUGUCACCUGAAGAGACAUUUACGAAGUCACUCUGGUGAGAAGCCCUACUCUUGUGACAUAUGUGGAAACCAGUUUUCACAGAAUGGGCAUCUCAGAGUACAUCUUAAGUCUCACUUCGGCAACAAGAACUACAAGUGUGAAUACUGCCCAAUGGCCUUUGUGCAGAACAGUCACCUUAAGAGACACAUGCGGUCCCACAUGACCAUACGUCCGUACAAAUGUGACAUGUGUGACAAAACCUAUAAGUUUAGUGACCAUCUGUAUAUCCAUCUACGCCGACACACAGGGGAGACCCCUUAUCACUGUACAUUUUGUGACAAAGCCUUCCACACUAGCGCUAAUCUUAACGCCCAUGUCAAGAUCCACAAUAAGUAUGUCGACCGCAAGUUCAAAUGUCAGGUCUGUGUGAAAAAGUUUCACACAAACUAUGCUUUGAUGAAGCAUAUGGCCGUGCACACCUCAGAUACACCAUUUUCCUGCCGUCUUUGUCCCAAGAGCUUCAAGUACAAAGGAAACUUAAAGCAUCAUUUUGAUGUGCAUAGUAAUGACGAAGCUAUGAAAUUGCUCAAGUGUGUUAUUUGUGUGAAGCGUUGUUCAUCAUUCCAAAGUCUUAAGGAUCAUAUGUUGUCUCACUAUGAAGAAAACUGCAAGACACCCAAGUGUGAGAUAUGUAACAAAACGUUCCGGAUUAAAAGUAGCCUUCAGAUGCAUUAUUCCUUACACACUGGACAGAAACUAGCCUAUAGGUGUUUAGAGGUGCCUUGUCAGUUUGAAUCCAGAACAAUUGACGAAAUGAAAGAUCAUGGCACUUCUUUGCAUAGCGUUAAAGAGGACGAUGGAUCAGAAGAACACACGUUAACUGAUGAUCACAUGACUAGCUGUAAUGAAAUGGAAGACCAUGUUUCUGGCACGGGAAGGAAGUUCAAGUGCCCAAUGGGAUGUUCACACAGUUUUGACAAUAUCACUGAUCUUGUUAGUCACCUGAAAUGUCACAUAAAACUUGAAAAGAACCGGAAGUCAGUCGACCACCGUUCUGGACCUUCAUCUGUUGCCAGGGUUAACGAAUCUGGCACUAAAGGCACUGGGAUUGGAAUUUUUGGGAAUGCCAGCGAUAUCCAUUCAUUUCAAGUCAAAAACGGCAAGCAGGACAAACCAGUAUCGCCGUUAGAUCCAGUAAGUAUGUUGAUUGAAACAGCAGAACAAGUAUUACCCAAUUUUUAUCAUCAAUCAUGCACUGGUGGUCAAAUUCAAGAGGAAUCUAACGAGAAAAUGGCUGAAGGACUACUGCAGUUACAUCACAAACCUGUAGAAAAACGUCAAAUAUUGAUCGAGGAUCAUUCUAACUACCUGCAGAGAGCUGGUACAAGCCCCGAAGGAGGAUUUGUGGUGAGUGACAGACAGUUCUCUAACAGUCCUUCAGAAAAGGAAACCAUUUCAUUUUCUAUCAUAGUGCCUGAAAAGACUGUUCCAGAAAUGUCAAAACCGUCUAAACGUCCGGCUCUUCAGAACCCUAUCCUAGUUCGGACUCUUUCUGGUCCAUCAUCUGAAAGAAAUACUCAACCAGCUUCAACCAUGGCACAGCCGUUCAAAAGCUUAGGGUCUACUGUUGGAGAACAACAUAGCAACGUUACUAUCAGUUCAAUGGAAAUAAGCGGAAACAGCUGCCAGACACAGGAAGUAGGAGACAUUUGCGCAAAUAAUGUAGUAAGAGAAAGCAAUGCAUUGUGGAUAGAUAGUGCUGAAACCAAUCAUUCAUUCAUCAUAGAAGGAAAUGACAGCUGUCAGUCUUUGGUGAUCGGGGGCCAUGUGAUCAAAAUGCUUGACAAUUCCCGUGUAAAUGUUUCUACCAAAAGCGUACAGGAACAGGGUGAAAACAUUCAGGAAAUUGUGGUUGACGAGAGAACAAUGCAUGAACUUGUGAUUGGGACAUCAGAGGUGCCAUUUUCUGUUGGUGUUGAUGCUAGAUUUCACCAACCUGAGCAUGGCACCAACUACCAUCAACUGAGUGUUGACGAGGUGGAAGAGGUUAUCAUCCAGACAAAACCAAAAGAGGCCACCACUAAGCAUGUCUUUUAUAGCAGUCAGAGCGUACCAAGUGUGUUAGAAAGAACUCUGAACAAGGAAAUGGGUAAUUCAGAUUCUAGCAUGGAGUCCCGUGUAGGGACCAAAGAUGAAGAUAUAACAGUUGCAUCUAGUAUCCAGCAGAAGUUUGUGUCCAACACAAAUGUACAGGAAACCAACGAAGCCAAAUUACAAUACGUGCCUUACAGUAGCGAGAAUAAUGUCUUUAUCGAUAGUAUUGGAGACCACGGGUAUGUGUUGAGUCACGGAGAAAAUUCUGUUGUGAGUUGUGAAAAUACAAUAACUGAAGGACAGGAACGGGUUUUAGAAGAGAUCAGUGGAACUCCAGACAUUACAAAAUAUACUGGUUACCCAUCAAACUUGUCAAGAGACGCAGAGCUGGACAUUCUUGACGCACAGGACGUUGGUGUGUUGCGGUGUCCAUUCUGUAAUGAACAUUUUCAGGAUGAUAGUGUCUUAAAAGUUCAUUUACAAAGUCACAUGAACCCAGAGAAAAUUGUAGUCAACGUUGUUAUGUACAUGUGUCAUUUGUGUAAUGCCGAGUUUAACAGUAGGGAGAGUUUGAAGGCACAUUUACAAACACACGUGUAGGUGUUACCAAACUAGAGUUGCUGUAUACCGAACAUUUCAAUCUCAAAUACGCUCAUUUUUCAUGUCAACUAGGGUUGCUGUCAUCCUCGAUAUCCCCUCUAGGUAGGGUUACGCUCACUUUCGCGCUCUGCACCUCUGGAAUAUGUCUUGGCACAAUUGAAGGCUCAGUGUGUACCACAUUGUUGAUGAGACAAAGAAAACUAGUUCGAUCCUUUGAUGUACAUCAGAAGAAGCUUGCAGUUACGUAACGGUAACAAUGAUAGGCUUUGAAGUCGAGUGUCGCUCCUUUGUAAUAUUCAAAGGACAGGUAUCAGCGUAACAAUUCCAGGGGAGCAGGGAGCGCAAGUGAGCGAAACCCCUGGAUAUCGAGGAUGGGUUGCUGUAUUCCGAACAUUUCAAUCUCAAAUAGGCUUAUUUCUCGUCAUAAUAUCUUGUUUUAUUAAAAUAACAGUUUCUCUCUUUUGGUAUAAGGUUUGCCGUUUUAUAAACUAAACAGAGUACUGUAUACGUUGACAUUUUUCUGGAUCUUGUUAGAAAUAUAUAAUUUAUUUUUCCUCUCACUGACUAUGUAGCAAGUUUUCAGUUUUCAUGAGGGACCUUGAUACCUUACCCAGACUAACGGUUAGGACUGGGUUUGUAGAGAAAAGCCAGGCCGAACAAAGCUAAGGAUUUCAAUGGUACUUAUGAAAAAUAUCAACAGCAUGGCCUCGGAUAUGUUUCGAAGAGAAACCCAUUCAGUCUUUACAAUGUAUAAUGGCAAAUCUAAAACAUUAAUAAGAAAGCAGCGUAUUGACCCUGAACGUUUGAUUUAAAACGGACAUUAUCUGUCCAGGGUUACAUAGACCAUGGCCUUCAGACAUCUUUUGACAUUUGUUUAUGAAUCACUUCUGUUUCUCAUGCUAAGUUACUAUCGGGGAUACCCACUGAUGUAAAUGUUAUGUUUAUUACAUUCUUGAUCAGUUCCUUGGCAUUCAGUUCUCUGCUAGAUGUUUGCCUGCAUGCUAAAUACAAAUUGUGUACUAUUGUCGUAUUUAUGUUGAUAAAUACAUAUUAACAGUGUUAGUAGUUCUGUAGAAUUGCUUAAUUAUUUAUUCAAAAUAGCAAAGUAAACAAAAAUAAACCCAAAAAGUAAUGGAAGCAAAAAGACGAGGAGACCCUGUUCGGUAGCUCGAGCUCGCCCGGUUCUGCUGUCAAGACCCAUGUUAUGUUUCUAUUUUUGCCAUUAAUGCCCUUUUUUUCAAUUGAGAUGAUAAUUUUGGCACAAAAAGUUUCGUUAUUAAAAUAAGUUUUGCUUAGAACCUAUAUGAGCUGAUUGUUUAAGGCCAGUUUGAAAUGAUUCGCUCAGUGUCAUAAACCUAUACUGUACCUAAUUAUACGAGUACAUAUAUGUACCUGUUACUGACGGUUUUGAUUUGUGUAUUUGGAUAUUUUGCAGGAGAUAUAUUGGAUGUGUAAAGAAAUAAAGUUAGUAAAUAUUUCACACUUCCAUGCAUUUGUUUCUCACGUUCACUUACAGUGUUUAAACAUUUAUUUUUCAAACUUUUGGAGUGUUUAUGAUAUCUGUGACUAGGUGGAUUUUGGUCUUUGAAUAUGAAAUAAAGUUACUAUGCACCAC